UGAAAGGAAUAAAUAAUAAUUAUGUAGCAGAUUUUUUUGCCUUUUUUCUCACAAAUAAAGCCAAGAUUUCACAUCAUUAUUAUCAUUAUCAACACCAUCAUUAUUAUUAUAUGGUGGCUUCUUUUGUGAAAGGAGAAAAGUCAGAAGAAUAAUAAAUACACUAUUUUUUUUAUAGGGUUUCGUAUUAAAUUUCCUUUUCCUCUCUUCUGUGGCUUUUUCUUGGUUAUGCCGUUUCAAUCCCAGGGUCAAGUAGACUUCAAUUCAAACAGAAUAAUAUUGUUUAGGACAUGGAGCAAGUCUGCCUUUUCUCAGAUAACUUUGGGUAUCAAGCUUUCUCAUUUCAGGAAGUUCUUGAUUGGCGGUUCCUCAUCCGUGGAGAUUUCCUUGUUGUUUCCUUCGUCAAUUGCACAUAGUGAACAGCUGCUCUUGAGUGAUCAGUACAGGAGACCAUAUGCCAUUUCCACAUAAGCUAGGUGUUGGAUGUUUAGUGCAGUUCCACUAGUAAGCAGCACACCUUAUGAUGUCAAUUGUGACUGUACUGUUAACUACCUCGAACAAGUUUUUUAUUUCUAGCACAUCGCCAAUAAGACACCCAUUCAGGACUCUUUGGAAACCAUCCUCUGAGGGCUAAAUUCAGCAGAAGUAUGUAUGAUGUUUCUAUGCAUUGUUGAAAAUUAGUUAGCUUACUACACACUUGCUUCAGGUUUGGUAGUUUCUAGACACUUCUUCUUCACAAUUCGGUUGACUGAAGACUUGGUAUCAGACAGAACUGUUAUUGGAGGCAAGGAGCUAAUGUGGUUUUGAGAAAGAAAGGUUCUGUGACUUGGACGUAUUAUUCGAUCUGUUGAAUCGAGCUAUUUGAAUCUCAGUUAGCUUUGAAGUGGUAUCAAGAUGCACUGCAGCACUUGCCUUUGCUUGUUUUCUCUCCUCUGCUACAGUUUUGGUCUUUCUUAUGCCAUAUAUCUUACAAAUAAGGCUGUGAAGCCCAUCCAUCCUAUCAUUGCCGAUUCUGCCCUCAUCAGUUUUGCAGAAGGAAAUUAAGGGGGAUUUUGCUGAAUCAGCCAGGCCAUAGUUCCUUUUAGUAUUUUUCUUUCUUUCUUGUCCAGUCAUCCUGAGACAGAACAAAUCCACUUCGUUUAUGUGUGUGUCGUCCCUCUACUCCGUUUAAUAAGAGUCCUACGUGCUAUCGAAGCCUGCUAAAAUGGAAAGGUACCAGAUAAUUAAGGAAGUUGGUAAUGGUACAUUUGGAAAUGUUUGGCGUGCACUUAAUAAGCAGACUGGUGAAGUGGUUGCGAUUAAAAAGAUGAAGAAGAAUUAUUAUUCGUGGGAAGAAUGCAUUAACUUGAGAGAGGUCAAGUCUCUGAGAAAAAUGAACCAUCCGAAUAUUGUGAAGCUCAAGGAAGUGGUUAGGGAGAAUGACAUUUUGUACUUCGUGUUUGAAUACAUGGAGUGCAAUUUAUACCAGCUUACGAAGGACAGAUCAAAGCUAUUCUCAGAAUCUGAAGUACGAAAUUGGUGCUUCCAAGUAUUUCAGGGUCUUGCUUACAUGCAUCGACAAGGAUAUUUUCAUCGUGACCUUAAGCCAGAGAACUUGUUGGUUUCGAAAGAUAUAAUUAAAGUUGCUGAUUUUGGUCUUGCUCGGGAGAUCAAUUCUCAACCUCCAUAUACGGAAUAUGUAUCAACACGUUGGUAUCGUGCUCCUGAAAUUCUUCUCCAGUCACCCAUCUAUGGUCCUGCUGUCGAUAUGUGGGCAAUGGGUGCUAUAAUGGCUGAGUUGUUUAGUCUUCGUCCUCUGUUUCCGGGUUCAAGUGAAGCAGAUGAGAUCUACAAAAUAUGCAGUGUUAUAGGGACCCCAACCAAGAGGGACUGGGCUCAGGGACUUGAACUUGCUAGUGCUAUUAACUACCAAUUUCCGCAGAUUGCUGGUGUAGAUCUCGCCUUGCUAGUUCCAUCUGCCAGUGAAAAUGCUAUUAGUCUAAUCACGUCACUUUGUUCAUGGGAUCCUCGUAAGAGGCCGACGGCGAUCGAUGCUCUUCAGCAUCCUUUCUUCCAGAGUUGCUUUUACGUACCUCCAUCACUACGCACCAAGGCUGCUGUUGCUAAGACUCCUCCUUCUGCUGUCAUGCGGGGUGCGGUGGAGCAGAAGUACAAGUGGUCGUCUGGGUUGUUGCACAACCCCAAACCAUGCGGCAACUUCUCAACUGUCAAGUCACAGCUGCCGUUUAAUGCAGUUGUACAAAGGAAGCUGGAUAUGAAUUAUCAGGAUCCUACGAGGAACGAUAAAUCCCUGCAAGGCUCUGUUAACCAACAACCAAAAUAUCGACCUCCUGGAAGGAAUGUUCCAAUGGUUGGUUCUGGAGUGAAGAAUUUUGCCGUUCCUGAUGCUGCUGAGAAGCUGGGGAACAUGAGUAUUGUCUCUGGCAGAGGACCUACAAUGCAGCCAGUAGUUAAGCCAAUGAAGGCAGGAGGGUGGCAUGGGCAGCAUGACUUGUUCCAUGGACGGUCUAAAGAGUUUCUUCCAGGAAGAAGUUUCUCGAGGAAAGUUGCUGGAUGAAGAAAUGUCAUUGCUGAGAGUGUCGUACAUUGUUCGAGUGUUUUAUUUGCAAUAUUAGUCUUUAUGUGCAUGGCUAAAUUUGAUGUUUGGUGAAGCCAGCAGUCUUGUGCAUGCAAGUUUUUUGUUUAGUUUUUGGUGUUACUGUUACAUCUACGUUCGAGAUGUUUUGAAUAAUGUUAUUUGAUUGUUCAAGUUGAAUAAAUGUUUGCAUAACUUAAGACGCUA